AUUGUUGAACACGGCAUUCCCUUGCCGACAAUGCCCGCUAACACACCUGACACCAGACCAUGAUACCCACUGACAAGAAAAGUACACCUAAUCAACCACGCACAACCAUAAGCCUCUCUCACUUCUCUUGUUAAAUCAAUUGGAAUCAGAUUCUUUCUUCUGUUCUCUCCGUUUCAGUUGCUAUGGAUAAUAAGAAGAGAGGGGCGAGGGAGGGUGAAGAUGAAGAUGAGAUGAAGAUGGAGAAGUUUUACGCGCUGUUGAGGAACUUCCGCGACGCCCGUGAUCGCCGGCGAAGGGAGUUGGUGGAGUUGGAAAAACACGAGAGCAACAUCUGGAAGAAGAUGAUGAAGGGCACCGCCCCAACUGCAACGAAGGACAAUAAGGCAGAAGUUUCUUUCGAAUUUCAGGACUUUACCACCGAGAUUCAAUUCAGAAAGCCACCUUUGGUUUUUCCUAAUCCAGUUUCAUCAUGUGACACUAGCAAAGACAACAACAAAGGUAACAAGAAGAAGAAACAGCAGGAUCUUGCUCUCGAUCUCAAACUCGCUCUCUAGUGAUGAUCACCAAUAUCGACCUUCAAUUGUAUCAGAGUUUUCUCAAAUGGCCGCUUAUAUAUAUUAUUAUUCCUGUGCUAAUUAACGUCGUGUAUAUGAUGCAAUUUACUUCACAAAUAUCUAUCAUCUAUGAAGUUCUUUAUGUGUUCCCGUCAUAAAAAAAAAGUUCUUUAAUGCAUGAUUCGACCGUGGUUUAUGACGAA